AUGUCAUGGUUGGAGUCACGCUCCGUGAAAGCGGCAGCUCUACCCUUUAGCUUAGUGCAGAUGUUGCCUGUAAUCCAUGGCUUCUGGUUGGGUUACCACUACAACCACAGCUACCCCUGCUACCACAUUUACCACAUCUACCACUACAACCACUACUACCACUGCCUCCACAUCUACCACUACAACCACAGUUACCACUGCCUCCACAUCUACCACUGCUACCACUACAACCACUGCUACCACUACAACCACAGUUACCACUGCCUCCACAUUUACCACUGCUACCACUACAACCACUGCUACCACUACAACCACAGUUACCACUGCCUCCACAUUUACCACUGCUACCACUACAACCACUGCUACCACUACAACCACAGUUACCACUGCCUCCACAUUUACCACUGCUACCACUACAACCACUGCUACCACUACAACCACAGUUACCACUACAACCACAGUUACCACUGCCUCCACAUUUACCACUGCUACCACUACAACCACAGUUACCACUACAACCACAGUUACCACUGCUACCACUACAACCACUGCUACCACUACAACCACAGUUACCACUGCCUCCACAUCAACCACUGCUACCACUACAACCACUGCUACCACUACAACCACAGUUACCACUACAACCACAGUUACCACUGCUACCACUACAACCACAGUUACCACUACAACCACAGUUACCACUGCUACCACUACAACCACUGCUACCACUGCCUCCACAUCAACCACUGCUACCACUACAACCACUGCUACCACUACAACCACAGUUACCACUGCUACCACUGCCUCCACAUCUACCACUGCUACCACUGCCUCCACAUCAACCACUGCUACCACUGCCUCCACAUUUACCACUGCUACCACUACAACCACUGCUACCACUACAACCACAGCUACCACUGCCUCCACAUCAACCACUGCUACCACUACAACCACUGCUACCACUACAACCACAGUUACCACUGCCUCCACUGCUACCACUGCCUCCACUGCUACCACUGCUACUACUACUACCACUGCUACCACAGCUAUUAG